AUGUCUUUGAGCGAAAAUGGCGCUUCCAAGGGGAUUCCUAAGUUCGAUUGUCACUCGGAACCUGCCACGUUAGGACCACGCUGGACGCGAUGGUUCACAUCUUUUGAAUUGUUUGCCGAUGGCAAAGGUCUGAUUAUCACUGAAGGUACAAAUGCAACAACCAGACAACGAAGAAGAGCUAUGCUACUCCAUUUAGCGGGACAAGAUGUGCAAGAAAUUUUCUCUACUCUCGCGAACACCGGCGAAGCAACGGACUACGCCGCCGCUGUAACAGCACUGAAUGGCUAUUUUCUCCCCAAAGUUAACUCCGCUUUUGCGCGUCAAAAAUUUCACCGACUCCAACAACAGCCAGGUGAGACCGUUUUGCAGUUUGUAACCCGACUGAGAAAAGAAGGGAAAGACUGUAAUUUUGGGGCAGACUUUGACAAUCAGAUAAGAGAUGCGAUUUUAUGCAAAUGCAGGUCAGAUUAUGUCAAACGUAAAUUGCUUGAAGAAAGAGAUGAACUUACUCUCGCACGCACAUUAGAGCUUGCAGAACAGUGUGAAAGUGUAGAACACCAAAUGUCUCAGCUUAGCUUGAGUGAACAGACUACAGAAGCACACAGGGUCUAUGAAAAACCUAGGAGACCAAAAGAUCAACAAAGAAACAAAGAGAGCAAGAACAGAGACAGUCAGUGUCCUCGUUGUGGGUGGAGUGGUCACCUUGGUGGAGAUCCGAAAUGCCCUGCCAGAGGUCAAACAUGUAAAAAAUGUAAAAAGAAAGGUCAUUUUGCUAGUGUCUGCAAAACCAAACCAAAGAAGCCAGGAGUCAAUCAGGUGCAAGAAGAACAAAAACCCGAUGGGGAGCAAGUCGAUUAUGCAUUCAGGGUCACCAAUAAAGGUCAGUCAAAUAUGCUCAAAUUGUCUGUGGGUGGAGUAGAAUUGGAAAUGUUGGUGGAUUCUGGGGCCACCAAUAACAUUAUCGAUGAAUGUACAUGGGAAGAUCUGAAGGCUAAAAAGAUCAAGUGUAAAUCACAAGCAGCUCCCGUUGACAGAAAAUUGUACGCUUAUGCAUCCAGCAAACCCCUCCCAGUAAAAGGUGUUGACAUUGCCACAAUUGCUGAAGGCAAACAGACGCUGCAGCAAAAAUUCCCUGAAGUGUUUAGUGGGAUAGGAAAGUUGAAGUCCAAGCAAGUAACAUUGCACAUAGACGAAACAGUGAAACCAGUAGCCCAACCCCUGAGGCGAAUUCCUUUCAAUCUGCAAGAGAAGGUAGAAAAGAAGGUUCAAGAGUUGUUGAAUUGUGAUAUUAUAGAGGAAGUAGACGGGCCUACACCAUGGGUAAAUCCAGUAGUGAUCAUACCAAAGGCAGAUGGUGACAUACGACUCUGCAUCGAUAUGAGACAAGCGAACAAGGCCAUAGUAAGUGGCAGAUACCCAAUACCAACUGUAGAUGAACUGCUACACAAUAUGAAUGGUUCCAAAGUCUUUAGCAAGUUAGACUUAAAGUGGGGAUACCACCAAUUGGAACUUAAUUCAGAGUCACGACAGAUCACCACCUUUGUGACGCACAAAGGCUUGUACAGGUACAAACGUCUAUUAUUUGGCGUGUGUUCAGCGAGUGAGCAGUACCAACAUGAGAUAUCCACAGCUUUAGCUGGAAUAGAAGGAGUCGAUAAUAUAUCUGACGACAUCAUAGUACAUGGCCCGGAUCAGGCAACUCAUGACCAACGCCUAUAUAAGACAAUGGAACGCCUCAAGCAGCAUGGCUUAACUCUCAAUGCUGACAAAUGCCUAUUCAAUGUGGACAGAGUGAUUUUCAUGGGAAUUCUUCUCUCUGAAAAAGGGAUUGGCCCAACAGAAGAAAGAAUCAGAGCCUUGCAAGAAACAAGGGAACCUGCCACCGUCAGCGAAGUAAGAAGCUUCCUGGGAUUGGCCAAUUAUAGCAGCAGGUUUAUUCCUCACUUCGCUACUAUCACUGAGCCACUAAGGAGCUUGACCAGAAAGGCUGUUCCAUUCCACUUUGGACCUGAGCAGAAAACCGCUUUUAAGAUUCUGAAACAGAGCAUGGCUGACGCAGGAACACUUGCAUAUUUUAACAAAGGCGCAGCAACCAAAGUAAUAGCUGAUGCCAGUCCAGUCGGCCUCGGAGCUGUGUUACUACAGAACCAAAAUGAAGCAUGGGUGCCAAUUUGCUAUGCAAGCCGCAGCUUGACAGAGUGUGAGCGCAAGUACUCCCAGACCGAAAAGGAAGCCCUCGCUCUCGUUUGGGCAUGUGAGAGGUAUCAUGCAUACAUUUAUGGCAUGAAAUUUGAUCUGGUAACUGACCACAAACCGUUGGAGGUCAUCUACGGGCCACGUUCCAAGCCCUGUGCCCGCAUCGAACGGUGGACAAUACGGUUACAACCCUACGACUUCCGAAUUGUAUAUACUCCAGGGCAGAAUAAUAUAGCUGAUCCUCUUUCCCGCCUGCUUAAGCAAGACAAAGUGACGAGUCAUCCACAUGGGGCAGAAGAGUACAUCCGAUUCGCAGCUAUCAGUGCCACUCCCCAAGCAUUAACCACGAGAGAAGUCGAAGAAGCAUCUGCAACAGAUGAAGAAUUAAAAGUCCUGAGAGAAGCAAUCAAAACUGGCAGAUUUGAGAAGUGCAAAAACUAUGCACCAGCCGCAGGAGAACUGUGUGUGAUUGGACAGCUAGUCUUGAGAGGUACCCGUAUUGUGUUACCAAACAAACUCAGAGCUCAGGCAAUCAGCUUAGCCCAUGAAGGACACCUAGGAAUUGUGGGAACAAAGCAAAAUUUAAGAAGUAAGGUGUGGUGGCCUCGUAUGGAUAAGGCAGCAGAGAAAUUCUGCAAGUCCUGUCACGGAUGUCAACUGGUAUCUCGCCCAGACCCACCUGAGCCAUUGAGAUCCACGACAUUACCAGAAGGUCCUUGGCAAGACCUAGCUAUAGACCUCCUAGGACCACUUCCUUCGGGACACUCAAUCAUUGUUGUUGUGGACUACUACAGUCGUUAUUAUGAGUACGCCAUCAUGAUGUCAACCGUCACAGAGAAAGUAAUUGACAACCUGGAAGAGAUUUUCAGCCGCCAUGGCCUUCCUCUGACCAUAAAGUCAGACAAUGGUCCACAAUUCCGCUCCGAAGAAUUCCGGGAAUAUUGUAAGCAGAAUGGAAUUGUUCACACCAAGACCACACCAAAAUGGCCUCAAGCCAACGGGGAGGUAGAGAGACAAAAUGCAUCGCUGAUGAAGAGGAUCCGCAUUGCCCAAGCCGAAGGAUUAGACUGGGUGAAGGAGCUAAGAAGAUAUGUGACUAAAUACCGAGGUAUUGAUCACGCGACAACCGGUAAGAGCCCUGCGGAAUUAUUGUUUAACAGAAAGAUGAGAGGAAAGCUACCAGAGCUACGUGCCGACCAUCACUUGGACCUGGAAACUCGAGAUAGAGAUGCCGAAGUGAAAGCAAAGACCAAAGUAAUAGCUGAUAAAUCCAUGAAUGCAAAACCAUCAGAAGUUCAAGUUGGUGAUCAAGUCCUGGUGAGGCAAGAGAAAAGAGACAAGUUUUCCACGCCAUUUAAUCCAGUACCAUUCCAAGUGGUUAGCAAGACCGGUAACAGUGUUGUUGUGGAAACUCCAGGUGGAACGCAGUAUUCAAGGAAUACAUCCCAUGUCAAGAAGUUUGUGAGCCCUGACAAUCCGGAAGAACCACCUGUCAGUGUCGAUGUACCGACAACACCUGAAAUUACCGUGGUACCAAAUCAAGUGAUGAGUGGAUCUACACCAGUAGUGCCUACAACACCUCCCAGUAGACCCCUAACUCAUCUCACACCUUUAGCACAAGCAAGUGCAGGAAGCAAAUCUGGUACAACCUCUGCUAGUAAGAAUGCAGCAGUUGAUCAAGCAACAGUACCUAGCCCACCAGCAACACCAAAAGGUGGAAGACCUCAGAGACAGAGGAGACUCCCUGGGAGAUAUAAAGACUUUGUUUUAAAAUGUUGA